AUGGUUGUUGAAUUGUUGGGAGAUGAUUUUAUCCUUGAAAAUAAAAUUUGUGAAAGUGUCAAAAACAACAUUUUUCGUCAUCAACAUGGUUUCCCACUUCUUAAAUGGGUUGAACCUGAAGAUGCUGUUGAAGUUGACCCUCCUAUGCCCACUUAUUGGCAAAAUUCUUCCAAAUCUUCAAAUAAUCACAACAAUAAAAUUUAUUUUUACAACGAUGUUGAAUUAGAUGGAGUAAUUCCAAAUUUAAGUGGUUGUGCUCGUACUGAAGGAAAUUAUAUACGUAAAAAGGAUAGACAGAAAAUGGAACAAUUAAAAACUGGUGCACCAAGACAUACAUUAAUGCGUCGAGCAACAACAACUGCAACUAUUCCACAAAUAAACAACGAACCACAUUUAUUAAAAACUACAAUAAGCACUCAAGUAUUAAAUUUUUUUUAA